UGUUUGGCCUUGUUUCCUGAUUUCAGCCAUUUCUAGUGUCCAGGCUCCGUGGGCCAGGAGAGACAGACGUCUCUGGAGACCAGCCCCCGGCAUGGCAAUGGACUCGUGGAGUGUAACGCUUGUGUUUGUGUUUGUAACACUUGAUUCCUUAUUGCAUCACUUUUUGGUGUUUUCUAAACAAGAAAACUUAAAAUGUUCAAGCUCUUUCCUUCGAGCCGGUCAUUCGUACUGUGAUGUUGUCUUUAGUGGACGGAGUUCAAAUGAAGUAUCUAAAAUGGCUGUUCUCUCAACAAAUCCACUAAUAAAGCUCUAUAAAAACUGUAUUACUUCCCAACAACAAGUUAGCUUAAUGAAAUUAGCAAAAGAACGACUUGUCGAGGAUACAAACAGUGGUUUCUCAUGGUCGCUUUAUUUGCGUGACAAAAGAGAUGCUAAUUUGGAGAUUUUAAGAGAGAUUGCUAUGCUAGCUGGAAACCUGUCUGGGUUGCCAUGGAAACUGGCAGAACCAGUUUCUCUGACCAAAUAUACAGCCAACCAGAACUAUGAUCUUCAUUACGACUCUGGGUUUGUUACUCAAGGCAAGAAAAUGAAACGUGCUGCCACGUUUCUGCUCUACUUAAAUUCAGUUGCACAAGGUGGAGAAACUAUCUUUCCCCGAUCUAUAAAUGGCUCCCAUGUUGGUCAUAAACCAUUACAAGUUGAAAAGCCUUUACUAAAGGAGAUCUGUUGCGAUGAAAAAAUUUUGAAGGUUGUUCCCGAAGCAAGGUCAUGCCUGGUGUUUUUUAAUCAUCUCGUUAAUGAACAAGACCAUGGAGAGUUGAACCCCAGGUCAAUCCAUGGCUCCUGUCCAGUAAUAAAUGGAGAAAAAUGGAUUGCUCAAGUCUGGUUACAUCAUGAACCAUGGGGCUCUAAUGUGACUGAUUUUUGGUAGUGGACUGCAUCAAGCAUUACAAAGACACAUACCUUAACCUCUACAUGAAGUGACAGGUUAAAAUCCCUAACUCUCUUCCUUAUUUUUUUCCUUCUUCCUUCCUUCUUUCUUGCAUGCAUUCUUUCAUUCAUCAUAUAUAUGCAUGCAUAUAUGUAUUAAUUUAUACAGGGAAAUUAAAGAGGAUACAUAAGUUGUUACUCUGAAAACAAACGAGACUGAUAUGCUGCUGAAGCAUACCAAAAUGGUACGAUUAGGUAUUUACCAUGUACAAAUUCUACCAAGCAAGCAUGAUAUUGUAGCGGUAUCAGGUCAGUGAAUUGAUAUUGCAGGAUAUUAGGACAUUAGACACCGCUUCUGAUUGGCUAAUUGCAAAUUUUGGUAAGGACAUUUUAUUUUACUUCUUGUAUUUAGUGUCUAGAAUGCAAUGAAACAGCUUACUUUAAUUUCAAGUGUCAAAUUAAAGUUGACGGUUCUAGCGUAUAACUCUUAGCAGUAAAAAUAUAUGGUCCAUUACAAAAACAAUAGCCUCCAUUUGGCUCGAAAAUAUGCUCACAGAUUUGUACGCGGACCUUUGUCCACGUACAUUAUCUGUCUUGCCUUGAUAGGUAAAGACUAUCUUGACUGUAAUGAGGGUUCUUAGACAGCCAAGUUCAUGAUCAAAUAAGUAAUUUAAUUUCUAAAUAAGUUAUUAUCAUCAUAGAAGUGUUCUUGAGGACUUAGGGCAAUGAUUUCACUGAAAACAAAGCUAAAUCAAGAACAGCGUUUUUGGGAUGUGUGGUUUGGAAUUUUAACAUAUUUAAAAAUAUCCAAAAUGUCGAGUGGAAAUCAAUGAUUCGUUUUGCAUUUUCCCCUCUAAUGUUUACUCAACUUCGUUGAACCUUUUCAGUAAAAUUCUGAUAAAAAUCAUUUGACACGGAAAAGGGCCUAUAGAGAGGUUCGUGUCAAAAACACUGCUCAGAUAAGCUUAAACUAAUAAGAUCUCUGAGACAACCUUUUCCCUGCAUUUUGACAGAGUUAACUACCCUAUUUGUGAGUUAUUAGUAAGACGUCUGUCAACAAGCUAGUAGCACCAAUAAGCACAAAUAGCACAAAUAAGUAGGUUUUUUAAUCAUUUGAUAUUCACCAGAUAUUCCCAAACAAUGCCAGAUCAUCCAAACUCAAUGGUUUGUGAAAUUUUUCCCUACUUUCAAUGCACACAUGUAAAAUUGUUGUCCAGAAACCAAAUAACAAAAAAAUCGGUUAUGUAAUUCUUGCUCUCUGCUGUUCUCUUUCAUGUUCUGAUUCAGUUACACUGUCUUGAAAAUAAACGUAAAUAUCAA